CCUCUCUGUUGAGGCAUCUCUCUACAUUUUGAUCAUCGUAUCCGUCCACAACAACAUAUAUACAUUCUUAUUACAUAUAUAGAAACGCUUGUAUAUAUAUAUACGCUUGUGAUAUUGAUCAGAAGAUCAAAUUAAAAGAGAAGAGAUGAAGGAAGAAAAGAAGCUGCACGUGAAGGUGAAGCCAUUACAGCUCGAAUUCGGAAGCUUUGAAGGCAAAUUAGCUGGAGAAGAAGCCACGGAGAAGACGGUAAUGAUUGAAGUGAAAUGGAAAGGACGACCGAAGUCCGGUUUAACUGUGCCGUUUUAUCGAUCGUUGUCGUCUCCGAAGCAUCAAAGAAACUGCACCACCAAGAAAACUGUACCGUUUUGUCCAGUCUCCAAAGAUGAUUCGUUGAAAUCCAUCAUCGAAUGGAACGAUGGUUAUGAUGAUGAAUUCGAGAAGGUCUGCUGCUUUUUGGUCAUAGCUAAGGACGGGUCUCUUUGCCCCUGGCAUCUAUCGUUGAAUAUCUUAUACGGAGACAGUGAUGUAGAAUCCAACACCAGAUUGGCUUUGGUCGGAAAAGCGUCGAUAAAUCUAGGAGAAUUAGCUUCGAAAAUGGAGUCCAGAGUUGAAAGGAAGCUUCCCAUUGCUUUGAAGAUUAAUGGAUUCGCCAUUGAUGCUGCUCUUUUGGUGGUUGUGACCUUCGCCGAGGUUAGAAACACCAAUGACGCUUCUGGAAUCGCACCAAACUCGGCCGAGUCAGAUGGGUUCUUUAAAAGGGUGAAGAGCUUCGCCAGCCGGAAGAAGAUAAACAACGAGAGAGAGGACAAACGGAGCUCAGGUGACUCGGACCAGUCAUCCUUGUUUGACUCGUCUUCCACUCCGGCAGACGAGUCGAGCAGCUCCACCACUCCUGGUGACAACAGCAGUGAAGAACUGAGUUCAGGGACCGAGUGGGGUUCAUCUUCAAGUCCGGGGCCUCUGUUGGACCCUGCCGACAAAGCCGGCUUCUUCUCGUGGAAGAGAAGACGGUUGAGUUUUAGACGGGGGAAGGUGAAAAGUGGAGAGCCGUUGAUCAAGAAUACUAAUGGAAGCAACAAUGGCCCAGAGAUUGACGUUGACCGCCCGGUCCACGACGAGUUAUCCAUUGAGUCCGUACAGAAAGCUGAAAGCAGUGAUAUUUCGAUAUAUUAUGAGUCAAAUGAGUGGAUGAUGAAAGAAUUGAGUAGCAGAGAUGGAGAUGCGAGGCUGAAAACCAGCGUGUUCUUCGCUUCAUUUGAUCAACGAAGCGAGAAAGCAGCAGGUGAAAGCGCCUGCACAGUUUUAGUUGCCGUUAUAGCUGACUGGCUCCACUCGAACCAACACCUCAUGCCAACGAGAGAACAACUUGAUACUUUGAUAACUGAAGGCUCAUUCCAGUGGCGAAAGCUGUGUGAUAACGAAGUACAUACGAAUUUCUUUCCUGACAAACACUUUGAUCUCGAAACUGUUCUAGAAGCCGGCCUCAAACCGUUAGCAGUUUGUCGGGAAAAAUCCUUUAUCGGGUUCUUCAGUCCUGAAAAAUUCGAGUGUUUGAAAGAAGCCAUGUCUUUCGACGCAAUAUGGGAUGAGAUCAUCAAUGCCCGCAAAAAUAACAAUGCUGCUUAUCAUCCCGACAAUGAAUGUGAGUCAAGAGUUUAUAUAAUGAGCUGGAAUGAUCAUUUCUUCAUACUGAAGGUUGAAGACGAUGCUUGCUUUAUCAUUGAUUCAUUAGGGGAGAGAUUAUUUGAAGGCUGUAACCAAGCCUACAUAUUGAAGUUUGAUGAAUCCAGCUUUAUGUACCGAAAGGUCGUUGAAGGGGAAUCCAACUCCAAGGACUCUACAACUAAAGAUGAUAACCAUGUACAAACUGAAGAGGUAAUUUGCAAGGGGAAAGAAUGUUGCAGAGAAUACAUCAAGAGAUUUCUUGCUGCCAUUCCAGUUGCUCAACUUGAAAUGGAAGAGAAGAAGGGAACGCUUUCUAAUUUCUCUCUUCACCAUCGACUGCAAAUCGAUUUCCACUAUACUUUCUCUCUCAACCCUGCUACUUGCACUUAGAACCAUUCUACUAACGAAUUUUUUCAAGUCUAUUUUAUUCAUUAUACUUCAUAUGUAAAUUUAGUCGAUACUUUUAUUUAUAUAAACAGUCCAAUUUUUUGGUCAAGAUCAAAUUGUUUCUUCAAAAACUUGGACUGGGUUACGGAAAUUCAAACAGACCAAAUGCUUUCUCUGCGUA